CGGGCCCGCUUCCGGGUUCCGUACCGCUGGCCGGGCUACUUCCGGCAGCGCGAUGGCUGGGUUCCCGGGACUCGAACGGAAGUUCCGGCGGGGGCGGCCGAGGGGGAAGAGUGUGUGUCUGUGCGGGAGAAAGGGGAGAAUCGCCCAGCGGUCUCGGAAGCCCCAGGGAGCGAGGCCCGGCCUGCAGGGAGCCCUGCAGUGUAUGUGUGGUAACACCAUGUCUGUGCCCCUGCUCACUGACGCUGCCACCGUGUCUGGAGCUGAGCGGGAAACGGCCGCGGUUAUUUUUUUACAUGGACUUGGAGACACAGGGCAUAGCUGGGCUGACGCCCUCUCCACCAUCCGGCUCCCUCACGUCAAGUACAUCUGUCCCCAUGCGCCCAGGAUCCCUGUGACGCUCAACAUGAAGAUGGUGAUGCCCUCCUGGUUUGACCUGAUGGGACUGAGCCCAGAUGCCCCAGAAGACGAAGCUGGCAUCAAGAAGGCAGCAGAGAACAUCAAGGCCUUGAUUGAGCAUGAGAUGAAGAACGGGAUUCCAGCCAAUCGGAUUGUCCUGGGCGGCUUUUCGCAGGGCGGGGCCCUGUCCCUCUACACAGCCCUUACCUGCCCCCACCCUCUGGCUGGCAUCGUGGCAUUGAGCUGUUGGCUGCCUCUGCACCGGAACUUUCCUCAGGCAGCCAACGGCAGUGCCAAGGACCUGGCCAUCCUUCAGUGCCAUGGGGAGCUGGAUCCCAUGGUACCAGUACGGUUUGGGGCCCUGACGGCUGAGAAGCUCCGGUCUGUUGUCACACCAGCCAGGGUCCAGUUCAAGACCUACCCAGGUGUCAUGCACAGCUCCUGUCCUCAGGAGAUGGCAGCUGUGAAGGAAUUUCUUGAGAAGCUGCUGCCUCCAGUCUAACCAGCACUGCUGGAACCCAGUGCAGUUUCCAGCUCACAAGGGACCCAGCAAGCAAGUGCGGCACCGUCUUGGAUCUGAGCCGGUCGAGCAAGCCCCUGUUCCCUCCCCCCAUACCACAUCCUCUUCCCACAGGCCUCUGGGGCAGGCCACCGAGGUCUGGUCAGGCCCUCCCUGCUGUCCUCGGCCACCUGGUAGUUUACAGCAGGGGUGGACUGCUUCUUCACCUCACUUCCCUCGAGGCGGGUCCCUGGCAGCAGUACUGGAGGGGCUGCAGGCAGCGGGAGAAAGGGGCCCAGCCCCCGACCCACUCACUCAGGACCUCACUCACUAGCCCCGCUUUGGGCCCCUCCUGCGACCUCAGGGUUCGGCCCGUGGGCCCUUCAGGCCCUACCCCAGUGAUUCUGCCCAGAUAAUCGUGUGUGUCUCCUGCCUCACUGCAGCUGCUUCUCAAUCAUGAAUGUGUCCAUGGCCCGGGCCCCUUGCUGCUGUGGGCUGCUUGCCCCUUGGUAGGCAGGUGAGGAGGUGGAGUCCGUCUGGGCCUUCCCUUGGCUGGUUCCCCAUUUGGGGGCUCGGCCCUGCCUCCCUGUUGCCCUCCUCCCUCGCAGGCCUGGAGCCUGCAGGGCUGGAUUGAGGCUCAAGGCCCCCCUGGCUGUCUCACUCCUUCUGUGUCCCCACUCUGGACCAGGGAGAUAGUGGGGGAGGAGUUGUGUCUCGUCUUCUGUCUCCAUGUGGUUUUGGGUGUUUUUCUUGUGUGUCCUGGAUUCCGAUAAAAUUAAAGAAACUGCUUC